AUGGCCAUGUCUGACUGGCUGCGGGGUUGCCCUGACAAAGGUUCCAUAGAACCUUUCGAUCUCGACGGCUCGGUCGCGAUCUGGCUUGAUGACUUUGGCAUGCGAGCUGCCCGAGAGCGCGACAGCCGUAAAGUCAUCAUUAAGACCGUAGAACUCGGCCAGAAGACCGAAGAAGAGCCAGAUCUUACCUGCGGUCGCGAUACGUCGCAUCACGGCCGCAUCAUCCACUACGCUCAAGCCAAGACCCUGGGAGGAUGCUCGGCGCAUAAUACCCUUGCGUACCUGCGUGGGACCAAGGGCAGCCAAGAUCGGUGGGCUGAUGCUGUCGGCGACGACAGAUAUAAAUGGGACAACUUUCUGCCCUACUUCAAAAAGUCUUGUACCCUCUCGCCACCCAACUGGCAGAAGAGGAACAACCCCAACGCAACGUUCGAAUACGACAAGUCGGCAUUCGAAACAAGCGCCAAGAAGAGCGGCCCAGUCCACGUGUCCUGGGCGAACUAUGUUGAUUCCUCAGCACCAUGGCUUGCUAGGGCACUCCAGGCGACCGGAGUCCCCAUGAGCUCCCUGGGUCUCAAUAGCGGCACCCAAUCGGGCUUCGGCGCCUGGUCAACGACCAUGAUCGACCCCAAGUUCGCCACCCGAUCGAGCGCAACCGAGUAUCUCCACGGCGCCAUCCAAGACACGUCGAUCGCGGUGUACCACCGCACGCAAGCCCUCAAGCUCAACUUCGACCUAGCCACCAAAACCGCCACUAGCGUCCGCGUAUCGACCCUCGGGCUGGAAUACACCCUCACGGCGACCAAGGAGAUCAUCCUCUCGGCCGGCGUCUUCCACACGCCUCAGCUCCUGAUCGUCUCCGGGAUCGGCCCCACGUCCAUCCCGGCCGUCGCGGCUCUCCCAGGGGUCGGCCAGUCCAUCCAGGACCAACUCUCCAUCUCCGUUAGCUCCGGCCUGAAAACUACCUCCGCCUCGACAUUGAUCAGCGACCCAGCGGCCUUCCCCGCGGUCCUCGAAGAGUAUCUCACGUCUCAGUCCGGGCCGCUCAGCUCGGCAGGCAGCUACCUGUCCUUCGAGAAGCUCCCAGCGCCGUUCCGCAACAGCCUCUCCAACACCACCCUCAGCGCCCUCGCAGCCUUACCGAACGACUUCCCCGAGCUGGAAUACAUCGUCGCGGCCUUCCCGAGCGGCGACCCCGAAAAGAUGUCCUCCAUCGGCGCCAUCAGCGCCACCAUCCUGCACCCCUUCUCGCGCGGGUCCGUCACGCUCGCCAGCGCCAGCAUGGCCGACGCGCCCGUCAUCGACCUCGGCUGGCUGACCAACCCCGCCGACCAGGACCUCCUCGUCGCGUCCGUCAAGAGACUCCGACAGUUCUGGAACGCGACAGUACUGCAACCAGUGAAAACGGGCGACGGCGAGCUCGCGCCAGGCCCGAACGUCACAGAGGACAAAGACAUCCUCGAGUGGGUGCGACGCACGUGCACCCCCGUCUGGCACGCGUCGGGGGUGCUGGGCAGCGUGCGCGGGUUGAGGGUGGUCGACGCGAGCGUGCUGCCGUUUGCGCUGCCCGCGCACCCGACGGCCACGCUGUAUGCGCUCGCAGAGAAGAUUGCGGAUGAUGUUCUGAGGGGAAUGCAAUAG